CGUCGGGGCUGCGACGCACAACUUCCGGUUGAAAAGAUGGCGGCUUCCUAGAGAGUCGGCGGCUGAUUUGGAGGGAGGUUCAGGCUACGGGGAGGAUUCUGGCUUCCCCUGUCUGUGUCCCAUCCAGCCACACAGGAGCCAUGGAAGUGGCAGAGCCCAGUAGCCCCACUGAAGAGGAGGAGGAAGAAGAGGAGCACUCGACAGAGCCUCGGCCCCGAACUCGCUCCAAUCCCGAGGGGGCUGAGGACCGGGCAGUGGCGGCCCAGGCCAGUGUGGGCAGCCGCAGCGAGGGUGAGGGUGAGGCUGCCAGUGCUGAUGAUGGGAGUCCCAGCACUUCAGGAGCCGGGCCUAAGUCCUGGCAGGUGCCCCCACCGGCCCCUGAGGUCCAGAUUCGGACACCAAGGGUCAACUGUCCAGAGAAGGUGAUUAUCUGCCUGGACCUGUCAGAGGAAAUGUCACUGCCAAAGCUGGAAUCAUUCAACGGCUCCAAAACCAACGCCCUCAACGUCUCCCAGAAGAUGAUAGAGAUGUUCGUGCGGACAAAACACAAGAUCGACAAAAGCCACGAGUUUGCGCUGGUGGUGGUGAACGACGACACGGCCUGGCUGUCUGGCCUGACCUCCGACCCCCGAGAGCUCUGCAGCUGCCUCUAUGAUCUGGAGACGGCCUCCUGUUCCACCUUCAAUCUGGAAGGACUUUUCAGCCUCAUCCAGCAGAAAACUGAGCUUCCGGUCACAGAGAACGUGCAGACGAUUCCCCCGCCGUACGUGGUCCGCACGAUCCUUGUCUACAGCCGUCCACCCUGCCAGCCCCAGUUCUCCUUGACGGAGCCCAUGAAGAAAAUGUUCCAGUGCCCAUAUUUCUUCUUUGACAUUGUUUACAUCCACAAUGGUGCCGAGGAGAAGGAGGAGGAGCUGAGCUGGAAGGACAUGUUUGCCUUUAUGGGCAGCCUGGAUACCAAGGGGACCAGCUACAAGUAUGAGGUGGCGCUGGCUGGGCCUGCCCUGGAGUUGCACAACUGCAUGGCGAAACUGUUGGCUCACCCCCUGCAGCGGCCCUGCCAGAGCCAUGCUUCCUACAGCCUCCUGGAGGAGGAGGACGAGGCCACUGAGGUCGAGGCCACUGUCUGAACCUCCCCUGUACCUCUGCACCUUCUUGUGCAAGGAAGCCCUUGGCCUGAACCCUUGGUUCUCCACUUGGGUUCCUUGAGACCUCUGGGGGGUUCCAGGAGGCACCUAGGAUGCCUUGCAGGGUCCUGGGAGGGAAACCCAGGAUUCCAGGAGGGAUCCCAGGAACUCUGGACACCUGUCUUCCGUGUUUCCCUGCCCAUUCCCACUCCUAGUUUGCCAUGGUUAAUUUUCGUCCUUUCCUGUGUGAUUUUUGUCAUCAAAAUAAAAACUUGAGAGUCAUUAAC